AUGGAGGAGGACGGCGGCUCCGGCAGCGGCAGCGGCAGCGGCAGCGGAAGCAGGGAGCCGUUCGUGGCUGGGGCGGGAGCGGGAGCGGGGACUGGCGCCGGCUCCGGCGCCGACAACAGCACCGGCAGCAGCCGCGGCGUGGGAGCAGGGACCAGCGCGGGCGGCGGCGCGAAGCUGCCGCAGGUGCUGCAGAAGAGCUUCGGCGAGGUGCAGGGGAUCCUGGAGCACAACCGCGUGCUGAUCCAGGAGAUCAGCCAGAACCAGGAGACCCGCGACGCGGACGGCCUCACCCGCAACGUGGCGCUCAUCCGGGAGCUCAACACCAACAUCGCCCGCGUCGUGGACCUCUACGGCGACAUGUCGGGGUCCUUCGCCCGCGCCGUCGCCGCCAAGAAAGCCGCCGGAGGCGACAAGGUGGGCCCCAAGAGGCCCCGCUCCGCCGGCGCCGGGGGGCAGCAGCAGUAG